CAAUGGCGUCGAACUAUUUUCUAAUUUUUAGGAUUAUUACAGUUUUCUUGUAACGAUUUCAUUGGUUUAACUUCUUUUGGUUUAGAGGCGCUUUAGUUACCAGUUUGGAGGUUGUCCACCUGUGUUUUCUAUGCGUAAACAAGACAAGAGACAGAAGACAGACAGAUGAGACAGAGCAAGAGGAGCAAGAAGCAAGAAAAAAGAUUGUGUAAAAAUUUGGUAGCCAUAUUGUGUCACUUUAUUGGAUUAGUUUUGGAGUGAAUAUAAGGUUUACACCACAGCUUUAUCCCGAUGAAUCCCUCGUCGUCAUUCUCCUACUGGGAUAAUCCUCCACCUCCAGGCACAGAGUUUGACAUUGACGAAGAUGAGAGCCAGAAAACUGGGUCCUCGAGAAGCAAAGACAAAGUCACCGUGCAAACCGACUCGAACUUUGCCGAUAGGACCAGGCACAGGUCGCGUAGCCGCAGUCCACACCACCACAAGAGAAUGAAAAAGUCAAGGGGCCACUCUAGAGAUCGGCACAGGCGUUCGCAUUCAAGAACCCGAAGAAGGAGGAGAUACUCGUCCUCGCGUUCCAGGUCGCGGUCUCGCAGCUCUAGCUACAAGCAUAGAUACAAAAAACGGAGUAAACGUUCAAGGUCGCGAUCAAAGUCACGAUCCAGAAGCUAUUCGGUAUCUCGAUCAUAUAGGAGCGGCCGGGAGAGGGAGAGGAGACGCUCUCGUUCACCAAGACCGAGACGCAGUCAUAAAGAACGCGAGAGGGGUGUUGAGGGUGACAUUAUAAAAGAGGAAGAUAUGAAACUGGAGGAUUUGGAGGAAGAGGAGGGAUCUCCGGAGCCGGAACAGCCGCCCGUGCCGUUUAAGAAUGACGGCUCGUUUCUGGAGAUGUUUAAGAAAAUGCAGGAGCAAAAGAAAGAGGAAGAGGUGCAGGAGCAGGACGAAGCCAAGAAAGCGGCGGUGCCGGUUUUCGGAAAACGACGGGGCGGCAAAGUGUUAAAGACGGGCAUGGUACAAAAAAUUCGAACGCUCGAGGAGGAUUCGUCGAAGGCGCAGGACCCCUGGUCGGUGUACAUGAACGAAGUGCGAAAGUACAAAGAGGCGUAUUGCAACGACGACUCACAAACACGGCCCCUGCUUAAAUGAGGCUGGCAUCUUCUUAAAAUACCUUGUUCGCUGUCACUCUCAGUUAGACAGUAGAAUUGUUAAUUUUUUCUGAAAUUGUCAGGGUUCUCAGUUGUCAAUAAAAACAAAUCUGAACUUUGUCAUAAAAAUCAAUUUAAUAUCAAAACAUACUAAAAGAAGCUCUAUUUUAUAUUUAUUGUCGGGUGAAGAUUUUUUUUAAUUGAAAUCACUUAUAAAAAAAACAACAAAACAUCCAGUAUAUAGAAGCCUCCCCAGACACAAAAUCAUAAAAAUUUCUCUGCGGAAAUGCAUCAUUGUCUUUUUUCCGGCUUUAGAAUAACUGAAAUCAGUUACAAGAAAACGUAUUUUUGCUUUACAUUCUAAACACGUUUUUUGUAUAGGUAUGAAAUUAACCUAGUAGAUACUGUAAUUGAAAUAUCAAUACGUUACCGAAAAAAAAACGAAAAUAAACAAAAAUGAACCAACAAACCAAACCCAACCAAAACAAACCUAUCCAAGGCAAUUCCAAGUACCCAAUACUUUUCAAAUCUUGCUAUAUUUUACAAUAUUUUAUCAAUAAAUGAAAAUGGUAUGCUUCGCAAGAAGUUUUUUUGUGUGUCUUUAGAAAAAAUUCUAGAAUGAAAAACUAAAAUUUCAUUUCUAAAAAUGAAUAAAAACAUUUCUAAAAAUGAAUAAACAAAUAUUUCUUACAUACCUGAUUUCAAGUAAAUGAAACUUGAGCUUUAUUCUCUAUUAGAUAUUUAUUUAAUCCCAUCUAGUAGUUUUCAAAUCAUAUCAAAAUUGACAAUUCAAUACACCAUAGAAAAAAUAAAAUUUAAAUUAUAAAAACCUACAAAACACGUAAAAUCGUUAAGAAAAACAAAUAAAUAUGCACUGAGGCCUCUGAAUGACGAUAAUUAAUGGGCAAUGAAACUAGUUUUUAAGAAUGCCCUAAGUUCUUUAACAAUUUAAUAAAUAAUAGACCUUCUAAUAUGUAGGUAUUUAUAAAUUUAGUUUGUCUAAUUUUUGUAAAAUAUUUUUUUUCUUUUUGUAAAAAAUACUCUAAAAGGGUAUUAUUACUGUAAACAAUUUAGUUUUGCAUUUUUUUAAGUUUUUUGUUUAUAAUAUUAAUUAGAAUAUUGUCUUGAUUUAUGUAUGGAUACAUAAAGUAAUAUUUAUUUUAAUAUAAAUAGUUAU